AUGAGUUAUGAAACUUUACUACUUUUCUAUGUAGUUACUCACUUUUUUUUAACUUUUAUGCCAGCCCGAAGUGAAUUCUUUCAACCAAAAUAUAGAUUUGAGAGAUGUCAAAAGGUGAAAGGAAUUUGUAAAACAUUUUGUGAUGACAUUGAGUAUGAUUAUGGAUACUGCAUUAAGUGGAGAAAUAAGUGCUGCAUAUAA